UUUUUUUUUCCUCAAUUGUUGGUGUGUGUGUCUCACCAUUCAUUCCAACAUUCUGCACAUCAUCUGAAUCUGGGAUCAUUCUGGUGUCGAGGAUAUUCAACUCAUCUUGUUCAGUAUAUUUGAGCUGCUGAAAUCCACUCUCUUCCGUCACUUUCGCCAUCUCUCGCAUUUCUCGUAGAAAUGGAAGUCGUAAACCACCUGAACAACCUGCAGGACUAUGCCAGGACUCUAAAGGAUACCCGCUUGUCGUCUAUCAAGCACCCAGCAGAGUUCUUCAACUGGAGGCAAUUCUCUAGACCUAAGGACAUGCAGGAGUACAUGAAGCGAGCAGGGUACAACGUUAAAUACUUUUCCGCAAACUAUGCCCUGGUUGUCGCAUUGCUCGCAGUGUACUCCCUUCUCACGAAUAUGCUGCUAGUAGUGGCUUUGGGCUUCCUGAUAGGAGGCUUCCUCGCAAUCGGUCGAUACGUGCCAGAACCCCUCGAAUUCAGCGGCAAGGUCGUAACUCCCCAACAACUCUACAUCGGUCUAUUUGUCAUCGGUAUCCCUCUUCUCUGGUUCGCAGCUCCGCUUUCCACCUUCUUCUGGCUUGUGGGGUCCUCUGGCUGUGUUAUCGGGGCCCACGCCGGAUUGAUGGAACCAGGAGUCGAGGCCGAGUACGCCAGUGUGGAGACUGUAUAAGAUGACUCCUGCUCAAUAGAUGUUCGCGAGCAGCGGUCAAGAAUCGCACUGUUGCGUCGUUUACAUAGAUUUAUAGACGCUUCUGGCCUGUCAUGUAAACUGGCAUCUCCGUCCUAG